AUGGCCAACGAUCUUGUCCUUCUUACUGGAGCCACGGGCUUUAUUGGUCUCCGAACUUUAGUCUUGCUCUUGGAAGCGGGUUACAAAGUCCGUGUUGCAGUUAGGAACGAUACAGGCUCUGCGAAGAUUAAAGCUUUCAAACCUAUUGCCCCUUAUGAAUCUCAGAUUGAGUUUAUUACUGUUCCCGAUAUUACCCUAUCGGGCGCUUAUGAUGAUGCUGUCAAGGGAGUGAAAUACGUUGUGCAUGUGGCAUCGCCUUUUGCCACACCUGAUCUCCUCGAAAGCGAGUUUGAAUCCAGCUAUAUUCAACCAGCAAUUAAAGGGAGCAUAGGCAUGCUAGAGUCAGCAGCCAAGGUUGAAAGCAUCCAAAGAGUUGUCAUCACCGGGUCCUAUCUUUCGAUUGCCGGCUUUGCUGUCGCUGGCACAAAUGCCAUUGUUGAUGAGACUCACCGCAGCGCUGUCACUGUUGGACCGUACCCCAACUGGAUUACGGCAUACGCUGCUUCGAAGGCUUUAGCCUUUGAAGCUACUAAAGAGUGGAUGGCCAAGCAUAAGCCAUCAUUCGAUCUUAUUACUAUCGAGCCAGUGUUUGUACUUGGCCGUGAUGACUCCGCCACAAAGGUAGAGGAGCUCUUUAAAGGUUCCAACGGAAUGCUUUUAGGCCCGCUGGUAGGCCAUCCGCAACUGAGACCAACCGCGUGUAACCCAGUCCAUGUCGACGAUGUGGCACUGAUGCAUGUCCGAGCUCUUGAUCCAGCUAUUCCUGGUAACGAAGACUACUUGUCAAACUCACACUCGCUUGAAAAUAUGGAAUGGGCACAAUCUUUUGAUAUCAUCAAGAAGCAUUACCCGAAGGAAUGUGCCGAGGGCAUUUUCAAGGUCGAUACAACAGAGCGUCCGAAGACUCUCAAAGUUCGAGUUGACGGAACCAAGGCUGAAAAGGCGUUUGGGAUUACAUUCAAAUCUUUUGAAGAGCAAGUAGUCAGUGCUGCUGGACAAUAUCUGGAGCUUAUUGGUCGGAAGUAA